UUACUUGUCGUAGUUAAGAAGUUAAGUGAAAGAAAGUUUGUAUGAAUGCCUAAAUUUGUUCUGUGGCUUUUAUUGUAGAGACAGAAUUUCAGAGACAGAACAUCCACUAGUGAGAAUGUCAUGUACUAAAACAAUAUUGGAUUAUUUCAACGAGGACUGUUGGAAUCUUGUACUGGGCUAUGUGCCUUUGCAGGAUAUUGUACGAACAGAACGUGCCAGCCGGCAAUGGCAGAGGAUGGUGCUUACUUACCUGUCACAUACUCGUAUUUGUAUAAAAAUGGAUUAUAGCUUCCGGGAUGAUGAAGAGGUCACAGGCGUAGUACAGAAUGUCCGUUGCGCCGUUCUAAGGAAACCUUAUAUGCCAUCGUUUGAAAGUUGGGCAUGUAAAAUGGGAUCAUCAGUGGUGGCCGGUUACUGCUCUGAAAAAAGUUUUAAUAUCAUUGGAGAGAACUGCCCUAAUUUAGAAGGUGUUACCUUUCUUAACCUCCCUGAAGAAUUGUUAUUGAACAAUCGGUAUCCAAACUUCCGAUGCCUGCGGAAGCUUCGUUUUAUAGAUUGUUUGUCUAUGACAGACAACACUCUCAGCCAAUACAUAGCUAGCCCUGUUUUGGAGGAAUUGUUAUUAUUCUUCAAUAAUCAAGUAACUGGUCAAUGCUUCACAACCAUUAGAUCGCCAAAUUUUAAAUCCCUCGACUUCAAAUAUUGUAAAGCCUUGGCAUGUCAGCUUCUGGCUGUGGCAAAGGACCAUUUCAGCGAAUUGACGAAGCUGGUUCUCGAGUGUAUUAAUGCCGUUAAUAUAGAAGGUGAUUUUGGAGAAAAAGAUGAACCAUUCGACGACAUAGUGUUAGUGCUAGAAAAGACGAUGAAGUUAGAAUACUUAUCUACAUGGGAAUUCGGGAGGUACCUAGACAAUUUCUUUGAGUCGGUCUACCGACUAAGAUAUUUGAAAGAGCUUCAGAUAGACAGCUAUGGAACAGACGAAAAUAUUGCGGAAGUGACGCGGCGCUGUCUACAGUUGCGGUUGUUGAAGUACCAAGCUUGUGAGAGUAAGUGUGAUAUUGAUAGGUAUCAUGGGUUCAGUCAGAUCUAGCGAUUUCCCUAGUGCGCCAUUCGUAAAUCAUUUCACGAAAGGUGUGCUCGCGUGAAUAUCGUACUAGAUACAAUGUGCAGUGCGCAU